AUGGCCACCAACAUACCGGACCCCAGCACUUACAUCUCUAUCCAACCCCCGGGCCACGCCUACGGUACCAGCGGCUCCUCUUCCUCGCGCGCGGUCUCCAGGGGUCGCACCAGCAUCGGCAGCCACACCCCCCGCGACCGGUACAGCUUCAGUACAGACCGCCGAGGACGGGUCGACAGGAAGAGCUCGCAGGCCAGAGACGAACACGCCAAGGAGCUGACGAGGCAGCUCGAGGAGCUCCGUAAAAUGCUGGCCGAGGCCGACAAAGCGCGAAUAUCGCCCAGACCCUCGCAGCCCGUGUCGCGACCGAGGGCCGUUCCCAAUAGCGUACCGAAGAGUCAAAACAAUACAACGAACAUGAAAUCGGCUUUCUGCCCCUGUAUUGUCCAGGGCUAUACCGCCCAGCGGCUUAACAGGCUGGAACACGGGAAGGCCGCCCUGGGGUUGGAUGCCGAGGAGUGCAGUUCUAGCUACUGGCUCUGCUUCUCCUCUGUUCCUCUCUGUCUGUACUCGCUCCCUAUCUACAGCCACCGAAAGAAGAUCGCCGCCCGAUACGGCUUGAGGGUGACCGCAGAUGACUGGCUCGGUAUCUGUGUAGAACCUUGCUGCGCCAUCCACGACAACGAUGAGUACAUCAUUCUUCGCGAGGCCAAGAAACUGCGCGAAAGCAAGGCAGAGGCGGCCAGCGGACGCCCCGGGGAGUACGUGCCGCAUCCCCCAAUGGCCGUACCAGCGACCACGCGCGGAGGAAGCGUCUUUGCAUCAACGGCCGGUACUCGCAGGUCUAGUAAUGACGCCGACGCGCAUCCAUACAUGAGCCAGGCAGUGCUGUUGUCGGAGAUGAUGCCUCGUGUCCCGGAGGAGGAGCGCGUGAUCCCGCAGCCGAACGGAAGCAGCGAGCUACCUUCAGCGGCAUGGAAUGUCCCCAGCAGCCAUGAGUCCGAGGCACCGAGGAAGACGAAUGAAGAGGCGGAGGUUGGGCGCCGGCAAAGUCAUGACGGCAUCGGAGAGUCUGGAAUUGUAAAGACCGCCCUCCCCGAUAAAAAGGAAGUUCAGUCCCCUCCUGUUGCGUCCCGGGAUACGAUACAAAGUACCCACCAGGUUGUCGAUGCGGGCGCCGGACCUCAUGGGAAGCAGCAGCAACCGUUAGACGACGAUGCCGGCUCUUCCAUACCUGGCAGGGCUUAUACCAUAUGA